AUGCAGAGAGCACUCAAGGCCUCGGAAACGGCUCUUGCCGCCAUCGGCAAUACGCCAAUCGUACGGCUACGCCGCGUCGUCCCCCAAAACCACGCCGAAGUCUACCUGAAGCUCGAGUACACCAACCCCACCGGAUCCCACAAAGACCGCAUGGCAGCCGCAAUCAUUGAAGAGGCCGAACGUGGGGGCAAACUGAGGCCAGGGAUGAAGGUCGUCGAGGCGACCGGCGGCAGCACGGGUUCGUCAUUGGCCUUUGUCUGCGCAGUCAAAGGCUAUAGGUUCCAACCGGCCAGCUCCAACGCGUUUGCCGCGGAGAAACUCAAGACUAUGACGGCUUUCGGGGCCUCGGUAGAUAUAAUCCACAGCCCCUCGGGACGAAUCACCGCCGAUUUGAUCCCGUCAAUGAUUCGGCAUGCUCAGUCCGUCGCGGAGGAGGGCAACGUUUAUCCAACAGACCAGUUCAACAACCAUGACGCUCUGGUCGGGUACGAGGCCUUGGGUCGAGAAAUACUCGAACAGCUCCCGGCUGGGAUUGACGCCUUCUGUGCCGCCGUCGGUACUGCCGGCCUAGCUAUGGGAGUUUCCAGGGUAUUGAAGGCCACAAGACCAGAGACUCGCGUCGUCGUGCUUGAGCCGGCCUCGACGCCUUUCAUUACAGAGGGUCGGGCGGGUGCACAUGGGGUCGAAGGCAUCGGGAUUGGGUUCCUUCCGCCACUGCUAGACAAAGUGCUAUAUGACGAAGCUAGAGCGGUCUCAGAGGACGAGGCGCGAGCUAUGUGUCGACAACUAGCAAAGGAAGAAGGUAUCUUUGCUGGGGUUUCUACCGGGUUGAAUGCUGUCGCGGCGAUUCAACUGGCGAAGGAGCUGGGGCCUGGAAGAAAGGUUGUCACGAUUGCGUGUGAUUCUGGUCUGAAGUAUCUGAAUGGUGCCUUGUUCUCCACCCCCGUUAGCUACCUCUUAGAUGAUACUGCUUCAGCAAAAGAGCAUUAG